CGCAUUUUGGCGCCAAUCGGCUGCUUUAUCGAGACGGAGGGGGGUGACGGGCACAAUUUCUCUUGGUCGUUCUGUCCGUGUUUGUAUAUUCACUUAGUAUCGCUACUACCGGGUCCUCCGGUUUACGCGGAUAACUCCGCUCUGUGCGUUGUUGCUAUUCCGGCAUGAUCGCGUAAGUUGUAAGUUCUUGUCUUACGUCAGUGAAAACGGGACUGUCCGCAAUCAGUUUCCUAAGUGUCAAAAACAAGUGGCAUCAUUACAUGAUAAGUCUCUUGGUGACUUAACCACAAAUUGGGUACAGUUUCCCAACAAGACUCAAGUACCAACCAGGUCCGUCUAGGCACGAAUUUCGAAAGCCGGCUGCCACAGAGGGCCACUAGCAUCGCAGUCUGGAGAAACGAAGGCUACUAUAAAACAUGGUUGGUGGAACGACCGUGGAAACAGGGUUGCGUCAGGCCCUUGUCGAGGUUCUCAGCCAGCUGCAAAGUGCCGAUUCCAACAUUCGUAACCAGGCCGAGAAUAGAGCCAAGGCACUCGAAGUUACCGAAGCAUUUGCGGUACACCUGUGUGAGAUUAUCCUAGAUCCCUCACACGACUUCGCAUCUCGACAAUUGGGCUCAGUUCUGCUAAAGCAAUAUGUCGAAUUUCAUUGGUCGAAGGAGUCUGACAAGUUCACCCCUCCGGAAUGCCCAUCGGAAACCAAGGAAAGAGUUCGACAGAUGUUGCCCCUUGGACUCAAGGAGGCGCAAAAAAAGCUUCGAGGCUCAAUAGCGUACGCUAUUUCAAAAAUCGCUUACUUUGACUGGCCGGAACAAUGGGAGCAGUUAUUUCGUAUACUCAUGCAAGCACUCAAGUCAAAUGAUGUUCAUGUCGUCGACGGUACUAUGAAGGUGCUUGUUGAGUUUACCCAGUGUCAGGUGACGGACGAUCAAAUGGUUCACAUGGUCCCCGUCGUUCUUCCCGAGAUGCAUACUCUUCUAAUUUCUGCGACCUCAUCUGAGAAGAUUAAGCUACGUGCCGUACAGGUCUUCUCCACCUGUGCCCAGAUUCUACUGUCCAUGAGCUCUUUUGAAAAAAACGUCGUUAAAAUGCAGCUCAAUCCUUUUCUACCGGGCUUUAUAAGAGCUUUUGUCGACAUCCUCAAUGUACCACAUACGCAACAAUUCAAUCCAGCUCUCAAAACAGAGGUACUAAGUACACUCAAAGAACUGGUGAGGGUUCGCGACAAAGUCCUGUUGCCAUUCCUUCCUGAGAUACUUGGCCCCGUAUGGUCAACGCUAACUGGGACGGCGGAGGUUUACGUGAAGGAGCGAGUCAACAACACAGUGGAUAACGAGGACGAGGUCGAUUCGGAUGGUGAAGUCUACGGUAUCCAUAGUUUAGUUCAAACAAUCUUCGAGUUUGUGCAGGCACUGAUUGAAAGUCCAAAGCUUCAAAAGCCUGUCAGCACGGCUAUGGAAGAUCUUCUCUAUUAUCUAAUAGCUUACAUGCAAAUAACCGGCGAGCAAAUACAGAAUUGGUCAUCUGACGCCGAUAAAUAUGCAGAGGAAGAGGACGAAGACACCUUCGCCUUCGGUGUCCGGAUAUCAGCGCUUGAUGUUUUGCAGACACUGAAAGCGGAUUUCUACGACGAGUGCGUACUGCCAGCGUGCAGUGCCGUGAGCCGUCAUCUGCGGGAGUCACAAGUUGCCAUGACAGCAGGAGAUCCCAACUGGUGGAAACUGCAUGAGGCAUCGAUGUUUGCAUUGCAAGCGAUGUCUGAGCUACUGACAGAGAAAUUCAAGCAAAAUCAGAUGCCUCCAGAUUUCAACCUGACUCGUAUGCUAGAAACGCUCAUCGUUGAGGACAUCAAUAUGCCUGGUGCCAACCCAUUUCUCCAGGGGCGUUGUCUCUGUUUCGCGUCUAAAUAUGCGUCGUGUAUGCAACAUCCCGUUCUUCAAAGCUUUAUUGGCAGUACAGUGACUGCACUUCAGCCCUCCCAGCCAGCUGUGUUACGAAUUGCAGCAGCGAAAGCCUUGCACAGUUUCUGUGAUUACUUGAAAGUGAAUGGGGGAAAAACGUUGAUCCAGCCAUAUUUGGGACCAGCUGUCGAGGCUUUGGAAAGAAUGGCUGGAGAGGCUACACCGGCAGCUCUGUCGACUGUACUGGAAGCUCUUACACUUCUCGUUUCGAUGGAUCCAGAAUUUACGGCUGUGCUCGAGCCAAAAAUCACCCCGCUAACAAUUGGUGUAUUUUUGAAGCAUUCAAACGAUACUGUACUGGUUUCUCUAGCACAGGAUAUCUUUAAAGAACUAUCAAAGGUUCCAGCGUGUAGCAGUACACUACACGGAACGUUACUACCCACGCUUAUCCAGAUUCUUACAAUACCCAAUGACCAUGCCCAACAACAAGCCACAAUGCCCAGCUCUAUGCCGGGGGUCGCGCUGGAUAUUCUCGCCACCCUCGUUCGUCAUUCACCUGCCCCGUUGCCAGACCCUGUGAUCACGCAGGCUUUUCCGGCAUGUAUCGCGUGCGUGCUGUCCACCGACGACAUAACUUGUAUGCAGAACGGGGGCGAAUGUUUACGCGCCUAUGUGUUCGCUGCAUAUCCUCAGCUGGUGCAGUGGCGAAAUGACCAGGGACAGACCGGACUCCACCUCGUUUUGCAGGCGUGUGAGCACCUCUUAGACCCCAAGACCCCCGAAAGUGCGGCGGCAUUCGUGGGCCGCCUUGUUUGCACACUGGUCGCCCGUGGCAUGGCAGACCUUGGUCAGGAAGGCAUCGAACGACUUUUACGGGCUGUACUUAGCAAACUACUACAUACGGAAACGUGUUCAGUCACACAGAACCUCAUAUUAGUAUUUGCUCGUCUGGUGCACACUGAUCUGGGGGCGCUUCUUGAUUUUCUGUCUUCAGUCCCUGGCCCAAGUGGCGAGUCUGCCCUGGCUUUUGUACUUGCCGAGUGGUGCAAUAAGCAACAACUUUUCUACGGGUCACACGAUACGAAGGUCACGCUGCUUGCUUUGACAAAGUUGGUCGAACACGCCCUUAACAAAAACGAUGAACGAGUACUAAACAUUACCGUGAAAGGUGAUGAAAUUGUCGACCUGAAUGAGAUGGGCCCAAAAACACGCUCACAGCGAGCGAAAAAGCCAACUCAGUGGACAGAGAUCCCGGUUGUAGUGAAAAUGUACAAACUCAUCUUACGCGACCUGAUCCAGCAGUCCGAAGAGAAUUGGGAAGACGAUUCCGACACAGAUUCGGAAAACGAGGAUAUCGGGCAGGAUCGAUGCGAGGCUGGUGAUAAUUUGGAAUAUAUUGUUGAUGUCAUGCGGACGGUGGAUCCAAGCGACUUGGAUGACGCCGAAGAUGAUGAUCCUGAAAUGUUGAGCGAUCCUCUCCGCCAGAUCGACUUGAAGAAAUGCCUUAAAACGUUUAUCUCAAACAUUAUACAGUUUCCAUAUUAUUCCAGGUUUAGCCAACAUCACACACAAGCAGACAAAACGGCGCUCGCUCUACUGGGAUUUACUGUGUAGAUUUACUAGAACGUUAGGAUUCGCUGAUCUACGCUCUCCGUAAUCGUUAAUACAGGUUAUUAUGGCGCACUACAAGACUUCAUUGCAUAGCGUAUUUUUAGAUUCAUGCAAGGUGUUGCAAAAGUGUUAUAUAUAUAAUUUUUAUUGUAUGUUGAACCCAAAAACUACUAGGCUAUACACAAGCAGUUAACGGUGUGAAACAGAAGUGCAAUGGAUAAAACAAACGAUUCCAUUGAAUAGAGUGAUAAAAACAAUAGUAAUAAUAGUAAUAUAAUGAUGGUUGUCAGUGUGGCCAACUAGGGCUAGAAUGCUGAACUAAGCGAAGAGAUGCAAAAAAGAAAGGUGAGUUUGUUUUGGAGAAAACGUUUUGUCCCAUAUUGCAUCCCCGUUCACCUAAAAGCGAAAGCUUGACGCGCGGACGUGGCUUGUUAUCAUAUUAUAAGCAGUGCUAUAAUUAGUUAAUAAUAUACAUGUAUGUUAGAUUGCGGACAAGAUAAGGAGCAAAAGUGUUCCUUUGCUACUAACUAAUGUGAACUAUUAGAGCAGUGUUUACAAGAUUACCGCAUGUAUAAUCAUGAAUAGCACAGUAUAAUAACAGACCUUCGUUAUACUUAACUACGCUCCAUAAGUUGGGCAUUACAGUGCGUCCCGCAGCAAACCGUAGACUUCCAAAAUAGAUGUAUUCUUUUGAAUAGGAGUACGUCGAUCAUUAAGCUAGCGCCUUAUGGAAAAGUGUUAUAUUCUACAGUAGCAGAAGCUUAAAAAAGCCUAUACGGUUAUCUGAACGCUGAAACGAUACGCCAAUACAAUUCAGCGCAAAUGAUGCGUGAAUUUUCCAAAACUAAAAACAACUCAAUGCGUAAUGAAUCUGGCACCGCAGAAGCUAACUUGCAUAAUUCUAUUUGAUAUGGACUGACCGUGCAAGGUACAAGUUUUUGCUGCCAAAGGGUACCUUUAGCAAAAACAGAUAUACACCCCCCAUUUAGAACCCAGCUGUAGCUCUGAGAUGGGGCAAAUGAUGUAACCGUAACCCUUUACGGCUCACGUUAGCGGGCAACGCGCAUACGACUGAGUAUUAGCAACAACAAAGCUGUCAAACGUACGGGGACUGGUUAAAGGACUCAUAAAUGCUGCUGAGCGUGUCCAGCGCGCUGCAUUGUUGGGCAUUGUUAUAAUUACUGUGAGCAUAUCGAAAUACAUGCGCAGGUUUCGUCGGUGACUGGGAGUAAUAGCAAAAAUGGAUAAUACAAUGAAUAUAGUUACGAACGUCAACAGCCAAAUAUACGAUAAGCAAAUAACAAUAAAGCAGUGACAUUUUUCUAUGUUUUUUUAA